AUGACAGUUAUGCAGCGAAAUGUGGAUCUACCGCUCAAUGAUCGCAAGUCAAUCGAGAAACACAGUCAGCUAUAUCAGCUAGUUCCAGUACUCGACGAAGACGGAUUGCUACGCCAGUAUGGCAGGAUUGGAGCAGUGCCCGGCGUUUCACGUAACAUGCGUUGCCCGGUGAUUCUACCCAAGACACACUGGGUGACUAAACUAUUGGUGGAGAAAUAUCACCGGAAAUAUCGACAUGCCAACGCCGAAACGAUCGUCAAUGAGACUCGACAAGUGUACGCGAUUUCCAACCUUCGGCCAUUGGUAAAGAAGGUGGUACGUGGCUGCUUGUUGGGCAGGCUUCGCAAGGCUCGACCCAGUAUUCCGCCGAUGGCGCCAUUACCAGCAGCACGAUUAGCAGUUCAUGCACGACCUUUUACCAACACCGGGUUGGAUUACUUUGGACUGUUUUCACCUCGAAGUAGCAUUCAGUUUGUCAACAUCGUCCUGUAUGUCCUGCGUGCGACGCUUCGUUGGACGGCGAGGAUCUCCAGACGAAUUCAUUACGGACAACGGAAAGAACGGCUGUUACGAGAGCAGAUAAGCCAGGGACUGUCGUCAACGUUCACCAACUCAGCGACUAAGUGGACCUUCAUAUCUCCCUUCAUACCUCCAGGUGCGCCACACAUGGGGGGUGCAUGGGAACGUUUAGUGCAAUCCGUCAAGAGAGUAAUGAAGACGUUGACUCCAAACCAUUUCAUCAUGGGGUCAUCCAGUGGAGCAAGUCGUUGCAAUCAAGUUCCGAACCACUCUCAGUCAGCGCACCGUCUGAAGGACAUGCAUGAGUAUAUCCAGCUGAAGUUGGACCCUUUCUGGCACCGUUGGAUCGUGGAAUAUCUACCGGUGAUUAGACGACAACCGAAAUGGUUCGAGGAGGUACGGCAAUUACGUGAAGGCGACCUUGUGCUGAUCGUAAACGACGGUGAACGCAAUAGCUGGGUGCGUGGACGUGUGGAGCAGACGACCGCAGGCGUAGAUGGUAGAGUUCGUCAGGCAAUGGUGCGGACUUCCGGAGGAUGCACCCGGGGAAGGAUGUCCGCAGAAUUGGCCGCACUGCCCGCCAACUAUCGCAUGCGCACCGAGCAGCAGGGGGUACCUCUUGUAUGA